GGGUGCUGCUUCGUCGGGAGGACCUUCUCGUGCUUCGCCGCGACUGUCUCCGCAGCAGCUGCGUGAGUGGCUUGUUCAUCAAUCACGCCUUCGGAGUGGAGCUCCCGGAGCUGGAGGCGCUGGAGACACUUGAGCUGGAGGUGCUAGAGUUACUGCUGGAGCUGGUGGUACUGGAGGUACUGUGGCUCCUGGUCCUGGAGGUGCUCGUACCAGGGGUACUGGAGCUGCCGGGACUGGUGGUGUUGGGGACACUGGAGCUGGAGACCCUACGGAGCCUGGAGCUGCUGGAGCUGGAGGCACUGGCGCUGGAGGCGCUGGAGCUGGAGGAGCUGGAGUUGGAUGCACUGGUGCGGGAGGCGCUGGAGCUGCGGGAGCUGGAGCUAUUGACCCUGGAGCUGGUGUCGCAGCCGCCGUUAGAGCCAGCCUCCCCACUGCCUGCUCCCUCUCCUUACACUGAGCAGUCCGGCGGUCUUACAAAGCGUCGUGAGCCUGCGUCUUGUCCUAUCUCGCCUGUUCGCACUGCUCGUCGCGUUCCUCGUUCGUGUCCACCUCCUGUCCCUGGCACGCACGCUAUGGUACUCUGUCCUUCCUCUGUUCCACUGCGUGUUCCUCUGCCUGCUACUCCUGAGUCCUCUCUACCUGAGUUCCCUGACCCUGAGUCUGACUGCGCUCGUGCUGCCAGUCCCACUGUCUCUCGUCUCCUCGCCACUGCUGUCACUGACCCUUCUUUUGAAUCUGCUGCUGCGUCUGCUCUCGUUGCUGAGCUGCUUGACUUUGCUGCUGCCUGCCGGCUAGACUACGCCACUGCUCUAGUUGCUGCGUCCGCAUCUGCCAGUCCUCCGUCCGUCAGGGGUGAGUGUGCUCUUGGCACGGACGUCCUUGAGGACAGGCAGGAGGACUUUGAGUGUCUUGCAGCUGCUGUACCUCAUUUCACUUCCAUGCUGCUUGCCCCUGAGGGAGACCCGGAUGCUCCAGACAUCCCGACCCCGCGCUCUUACGCAGAGGCGAUUACGGGUCCUUACCCCUCUCAGUGGCAGGCAGCCAUGGAUGCCGAGAUAGCAUCCUGGAAGUCGACAAGCACCUACAUCGAUGAGGUUCCCCCACGUGGGGCGAACAUAGUCGAUGGCAUGUGGAUCUUCAGUGUGAAGCGGCCGCCGGGUUCUCCGCCUACCUUCAAGGCGCGUUACGUUGCUCGAGGCUUCAAUCAGCGACAGGGAGUUGACUGCUUCCAUACCUUCUCCCCCACCCCGAAGAUGACUACUCUUCGGGUGUUGCUGCACGUCGCUGCUCAGAGUGACUACGAGUUGCACUCUCUGGACUUCAGCACAGCUUUCCUGCAGGGUAGCCUGCACGAGGAGAUCUUGCUGUGCCGCCCUACUGGCAUCACAGGGUCGUUUCCUGCAGGUACCCAGUGGAGCCUCCACCGGCCAGUCUACGGUCUCCGCCAGGCGCCUCGCAAGUGGCACGACACGCUGAGGACUACACUUGCGGCUUUUGGGUUUGCUCCUUCUACUGCUGACCCGUCGUUGUUUCUCCGCACCGACACCUCGCUGCCGCCGUUCUACGUCCUCGUCUACAUAGACGACCUCGUCUUUGCCACUGCUGACACUGAGGCACUGACCCUUGUGAAGUCGGCGCUGCAGAAGAGACACACUUGCACUGACCUGGGUGAACUACGCAGCUUUCUUGGCUUGCAGAGCACGGCGCACCAUUACCCUGACUCAGUCACACAUGGUGCACCAGGUCCUUCAGCGCUUCGGCUUCAAGUUCUCCUCGCCACUGUCCACUCCUCUGUCUACCGGCCACUCGCUCUCAGCUCCACCUUCGGACGAGUCCGUAGAGCUGAGUGGUCCGUACCCAGAGCUUGUGGGUUGCCUAAUGUACCUGAUGACGUGCACACGACCUUUCCUCGCGUACCCUCUCAGCCUUCUGGCUCGCUACGUGGCUCCCGAUAG